AUGGAAAAAGAGCAAUAUCCGUCGGUGAUUCGAUUAAUGUUUUUGGAAGGGAAAUCGCCCAGCGAAAUCAAAGAGCACUUGGAUCCUGUGUAUGGUGACUCUGCUCCUGCAAUGGCGGCCAUAAAAAAUUGGUUUAACGAGUUGCAACGUGGUCGCACGUCGGUUUUUGAUGAGUCACGCGCAAGUGUCCCGAAAACGGCCACCACGGAGGAUAACAUGAGAAAAAUCCAGGAUCUCGUAUUGACAGACCGCCGACGCAAGAUCCGCGCGAUAGCUGAGGCAGUAGGCAUCUCAAAAGGCUGCAUGAGUCAUAUCCUGCAUGAAAUUUUAUGCAUGAGAAAUCUGUCGGCGCGAUGGGUGCCGCGUUUGCUCACUCCGGACAACAAGCGCAACUGUGAAACCACUUCAAAGCAGGAGUUUCUGCAUCAUUUCAUGACCGCCGGCGAAACAUGA